AUGGCUAAAACUAAGUCCGAUGUGAAAAUGAAAUCCUUUGAACAAUGUUUAGCGUUCCAAAGUUUGUUGGGGAAAAAUUUACUGAUGGCUUUUGGUCCAACAAAUCAAUUACCUUGUGAUGAGUUCAAUGGUUCAACAUCAUUAGAUUCUCCAUGUGAUGAUGAAAAGACGAAAUUAUCGUUAGGAAAUCGUGGCUGUGGACAGACAAGCCAUGGUGGAGUAGUUGAACAAAAAGCAGAAUGCGAAGGUAUACAUUCUGUUUAG